GACAAGCCGAAAGAUGCGUGUGUAACGGUGAGAACGGAACCAGCCGAUUGCUCUGCCCGGCAACGAGCACUUGUCGUUUGUUUACAAUAUGGUGGAUGCUAACGGUAACUGGGCUGUGUAAACCUUGUUCCUCUAUUUGCAACUGCCUACAACACUUCGUGUAAACCGUGUUAUUACGACGACAUCUUGCAGCAUUAGAUAAUACUGGCCUACGUAAAGAUGAAAUUAAAACUGUAAAAUUGGAAGAUUCUUUCUCUCCUUAUAUUGUGGGUACUGCUUCUACGACGUAGGAGACACGUGACAGUGGUCAUUGCUUACACCAGAAAUUGGACACAGAAGGAAAUAUAAGCGGCAACCACAACUUGUGAAGUGCGUACACAGAGGGCCCGCUUUGAUAUUCCAUCCAGGAACUUUGUGAAGAUGAGGUCUGUGGAAGAGUCGACAGAGAGUGAUGUCAGUGCAGUAGUUAAUACGACGCAUCACAUGGCUACAUGGGAGCUGGAUGUUAAACCACUCACAUCCUCAAAGAAGUGGCUGAAAAGCUACGGCUUGAAAAAGAACCGACUGACAUUGAAUCACAUAUUGCCGGCAAUUGGAUUUCAGCUAAAUGAUGAGUUUGAUGGCAGUACCAUGAUGAAGAAACCUAUCAGUUCACAGUAUGGCUAUGGAAUAUUUUCUCGUCUCACAAGACCUGAUGGGAAGACAUUUAAUAUUACAGGAAGCAAACAGAAAUUACAUCAGAUUCAAAAGAGACUGAUUCAGGCGGAGAAAUUAUACAAAAGACGAUUGGAGUGGCUUACAACAGAAAGUCGUCGUAUAUUUGGAAUCAUAGAGGAGAAAGUUGUGAUCAUCAUCCUUGACAUCCGCAAUAUGUCACCUCAGCAGUUUGACCAGUAUCGGACAGCUAUGGAGAAGGUCCUUCGUGAACAAGUUACUCAGCUCACCAAAUUUAACAUCAUCAGGGCCUGUGAAGAGAGGGAUGCUUACAGUCAAGAGUGUGUGCCUGUGACACAUGACACAGUAGAGAAGGCCAUACAGUGGAUUUGGAGACUAGACAGGCUAGCUGAGGUGUCUACAACGGCCACAUGUGAAGCUGUCCUGCAUGCCCUCACAGAUAAGAAUAAUGAAGCUAUUUAUCUCUUCACUGAGGGGUCAUCAAUAGACAGCUCCAGGGAAAUUUUGAGAGAAAAGGUUACAUCAUGUAAGCUGAACAUCACAAUCCACAUUGUGUCCUACAACUGUAGCAGUGCAGAUACCAUCAAAUAUCUACGUACCUUGGCCACUGCUACAAAUGGAAGAUUUCAUGCCUAUGCAGUUGUGAUGGAAAUGGAUUCAUAUGAACAUAUGCCUGUUGAUCCCCUGAUGAACAAAGCAAAUAUUGUUCUGAAGAAAAGGACCAUUGGGGGUUUGCCUCCAGGUGUGGGUGUGAGGGAAGAUGUAAUCUUGGUGUUUGAGGAACUAGAGGAUGCACGCAACAUUCUCAGACAAAUAACAUCUUUACUGCAGAAAACUCCAGAGCCUAGACUUCGAGCUGAACACAUGUCUACGGACAGUGACCUCUCCCUGGAGAAGAAUGAGCACAGUAUAAGCUCAGCAGAGUGGAUCAAAAGAUUUGGAUUAGAGGCACAGAAACUUGGAUUGUAUGACAUUUUGUCUGGAGUUGCAUUUAAACACCAAGACGGUGUGGUUGAAAUCAUGGAGAAACCACCCAAUGAGUCACAGACAGAUGCCGUAUCCCGAACAAAGCUGGUAAAUGCCCGUUAUUGUGACCAAUUCCCCAUUGUGCGGUGGCGUGAUGGACAGGUGGUGCAUGUACAAGUGACACCAGAUGUUCACAGACAUUAUGAACAAAGAAUGGAGGUGGAACUGCAGAAGAUCCAACAGAGAAUUGACUGGCUGAAACAAGGGAGCAGGGAGCUGUUUGGUACUGUUCUGGAGGAUAACAUCUACAUUCUGUUGGACUGCUCAGCAUCCAUGCAGAAUAGUAUGCAUUUUGUGCAGGAGAAGCUAUUCAUGCUGAUGCAGGAGCAACUGAGACACAAAAAGAAAUUGAAUCUGGUGAGCUUUAACAGCAAAUGCUUAUAUUGGCGAGAUCGUCUGGUGGAGGUCAAUGAGCGUAGCCUACAAAGUGCCUGGGCCUGGGUGCAGGGGCUCAGUUGCUGGGGCUCCACUAAUACAUAUGCAGCCAUCACCCAUGCCAUGAAUGAUCUGGAUACACAGGCGAUGUAUCUACUGACAGACGGCAGACCGGAUCAGCCACCAAAGUCCAUACUAGCUCAAGUACAGAUGAAGCAUAGAGUGCCUAUCCACACAAUCUCCUUCAACUGUAAUGACACUGAAGCAAACCGCUUCUUGUAUGAAUUAGCUCGUACCACCACUGGAAGAUACCACUAUUUCUCUGAGAAAGGUGUAGAUCCGGAUCAACCUGAAGCUUGGGAGAGUGAAGAUGUGCAGCUGCUGAAGCAUGAACUGAAGCAUGGCCAAAAUAAUCUGGAGCAGCUAGCCACCCUGCGGGAUCAGUGCUCCUCCAUGGCAUGGCGCAGACAGACGGAUGAUCUGAAGAGAGAAGCCAAUGAAAACCAGUUACCGGGCAUAGACAAAUCCUUAACAGGACAUCCUGACAAUACAAGAGAUAUGUAUUGUCCAAAGUUUCCCCUCCCACGACCAAAGAGUGCUCCACCCCAGGAAAAGCAGUCUCUGGUUCCCUCUACAUGCCCAUUGUCUUCAAAUGGGUUGAGAUCUAGCUCAUCUCUUCGACAGUCUAUCAGCAAAAGAUCAAACCAGAAGACCACACACGCUCAACACAAACAGCCGCUGACAGCAAGUCACACUCGUACCAGUCUCCUUCGCACACUGAACAGCGCUGGACGUUUUACCAGGUCUAAGUGGCUUUUGCCAGAAACGAAACAACUGUUUGACAGACAAGCUGAGCGGCAACAUGAACAGCACAAAGUUUCAACAGAAAAUGAAAACAGGAGGAAAAGGAAUGCAAAAAGACAUAUCAGGGACAAUGAUGUUUCAUCCAAGGUGUGGUUGAAGAAGAACAGUCUUAUGGCCAAAAGAUUAACUAUCCUGGAUGCUUUGUCUCCCACAUUUGUUCCUCACCGUUCAAAGUAUGUUCCUAUACUGGACAGACAUGUUGUUGCAAGAGUGUUUGAUCAGAUAAUUCCUUUGGCUCAUGUUUCAAACCGCAGCAGACAGGAGAUACGAUUGGUCAGCCCAAAUGCUGUUGACCUGAAUAAGUAUCAAGAACAGGUUAGACAGGCCAUUGACCAAUAUCAUGGGAGACUGAAUCAGAUUGUCUGGAAUGCUUUGCCUGAGAGUACCAAAGAAAAAUAUGAGACCAACAAACCAUUCUCAUUCUUUGAGAAUCGUGAAGGCUUGAUAACUGAUUUGGCAGAAACUGACUGGCAAAUGAAAGAAGAAGAUGUCAAACUGCUGGUGCAGGAGAUAGAAAAGGGGCAGAAAUUCCUGCAGCAAGCCAGAGAUUUGAAGGCAGCUGCAGAACAGACCAGCAGUUUUCACCAGUCAAUGACCACUGGACAGCAAAUGCAGCUGCCUCAGGACACAGACAGUGCCGGCAUCCUAGCUCAGAUUACUGCUCCUUCCAAUGUAGAUAGUGAGCUGGAGAGCAGAUGGCAGAGCAAACAGCAUGGUGGUAACAUGCAGCAAGAAGCAGCUGGAGAGGAGGAAGCACUGGCAGCAGGAAACACAUCUACAUUUGAUGCCAGUAAUGCUGAUGCAGUUCAGAAGAUAGUUCAGAAGCAUGAGAAGGGACUACUGGCCAAUCUAAGUGGCCAGAAAGUCAUUGCCAGGGAUAAACAUGAUGGAAUGUACUAUGAAGGUGUUGUUGUGGCCUGUCCCAACCCUCACUAUGCUAGAGUGAGGCGUUACUUUGAUGAGAAGACCAUGAAGAUCAGUACAAAGUUUAUCCUACCAACAAGAGGAGCUGUUAGUAAUCCUCCUCUGAGGGUUGGUGACUAUGUGCUUGUGCGUGUGAUUAACUUGACAAAUGACACUGAUUGUUACAUACCGGGUAUAAUGCAGAUACCAUCUGGGAAGAUUGCUUCAUUCUACUCAGUGCUUGUUUACAACAGUCAGACAAUAGUGACUAUGAGACGACACUUGGUGAAGAUCAGCAAAGAAAGAUUUGACUUCACUGUGGACCACAUCUGUCAAAUGUUGCGUGAAGAAAAUGGCAUCUAUUUUAAAAUUCAACAACCUCCAGAACCUGAUGUUAAAAUCAGUGUUCAAUAUGAAGACGGAGGAAACAAUGAAGCAGCUGUUGAAAAUAAACAGAAACACAGACGACCUAUGGAAAAUAAACUGAAGGAUCACAUUAACGAUAAGAGCGACAGAGGGAGAAAGAAGCAUCGCAAUAUGUCCAGGCAUCACUCUGAAAAUCGUCAUACUCAACCAUCAGGGUCAAGUUCCAAUUCAGAGGGUGAAGUAGCUGAAUCUUGCGAUAGCUGCCAAUCAAGCUUGACUCAGUGCAGCUCAAGCUCACCAUUUGAAACAAAUAGUAUUAGUAGUAAGAGUCAUGCAGCAUCAGAACCUGAUAAUGACAUCAUUACACAUGAAAGCAAGAUGGAGAAACAACAUUCAGAUAACAAUGAUGACUCAUCAUGCAGACCUGAUUCCACUUUUGAUGUCCUUCCACAUGAACUAGUGUUAGGUCCCCAUGACAGUUUGACUGCAAGGCUGAAGGAACAUGAGGAAAGGCUGAAGAAACUGCAGAAACAAUUGCAAAAUCAGGACCUGAAACAUAGAGAAGAACAGGAGGAAGUAAAGAGAACAAUUGAAGACCUGAUUAAGGAGCAGACGGAGAGGAGAUGGCAGGCACAAAGAUUGCUGAAUGCACAUCACCAUCAUAAUGAAGAGUCUGUCUCUGAUUUGGGAGAGAUGUCAAAUGCUACUGAAGCCAAGGACUUGACAGGUGCUGUUGCUCUUACAUCUCCCUCUGAUGAAGACCAGCAUUCCAGUUUGAUGCCGGUAAAGACACAGAACAAAGACACCAAACACAAAUCUCUCGCUCUUCUGGAGAUGAGGAAGUCCUUGCCUCCUGUCAAAGACAGAGAAGAAGUCCUAGCAAGAUGGACGGAUGAGGGUUGGUACUACAGAGGGAGGACUGUGUUGAACUGCCAGGACUUCAGCUACAUGGUGGUUGACAGUACUGGAGAAGCAGAGAGAAUUUGGAGAGAAGACAUCAUUACAGAGUCAGAUGAUGCAAACCACAUCAUAAAAGUUAAUGACACUGUGGUUGGCCUACAUCCAAAGUACAGUUUCAGCUAUGCUCCUGCCUUCAUCGUUGAGCUUCUUCCUCAACUGAAAGUACGCGUUCACUUUUAUGACAACAAAAUUGCUGUAUUGCAACGUGAUGAAGUAUACAAGAUCUCACAAGUUAAGUACAGACAUGACGUGAGAGAGAUACACAAGUGUGAAAAUCAAUGGGUUGGACAAGCAGUGGUGGCACGCCAUUAUCCAACAGGAGUCUAUCGUAUAGGCUCAGUUAUUGAAAAGGUUCCUGCAAAGCCCAAAUACAGGGUAGAGUGGUGUGAUGGAACCAGCAGUAUGCAGAGUCCAGUGCACAUGUUUGGGGCCUUCACACGAAGACACAAGCUAACACUUGGGGAGAGGAUACUGGCACUAAGAGAUCAUGAAGCACUGACCUACCUCCCUGGUCUGAUUACUGGCAUAGAAGGCAGUAACCUUAAAGUUCAGUUCUGUGAUGGAGCAAUAAUGAAUGGUAUUGUAGCAGAAGAAAGUUACUGGCUCAGUCUCACCUACUAUGACAAUGCUGUGUGCACCCAAAGAAGCCCCACAUCUGUAAUAUGAUCUGUACGACAUUCUCUGCAACAAAAGAAAUUAUGGUGGGAUAAAAGUGACCCUUCAUUCUUGUAUGUUAGAACUUCAUAUUUGAUGGCAGUGUAGUUUAAAGCCAUUCACUGAUUAGUAUGAUAAAAGCAAUUGCCUUCAACACUGCAUAGUGUUAAGUUGGUUAGACCACUCAUGACUUCUUAUGACAAUUAGAGUAUAAGCAUGUGAUACCAUUGAUGAAGUAUUAACUUUUCCUAUAUUUUAGCAUAUUUUAGAAGCCUAUCAAUUGUGAUUAAUUAAAUUAUAGGAUUCUAACUUGAGAUUCGAUAUCUUAGUCAUUAUUUAGUCAUUAAUAACUAAAAUAUGAUAGUGCAAUUGCCCAUAAAAUUCUAAGAUCUAUAACAUCAAGCAAUCAUAAAACAUGAGAGACAGAAGAAAAUAUAUUUUGUUUACAAAACGUGAAAGAAGUAUGGGGCAAAGUACAACUGUCAUAGUCAUUCAUGAUGUUAUUAGGAGAUUUUUAUGACAAAUGUCUGAAUUCUUGCCUGAUUAAUUCGGGUGUGAUUAACUCUGCUCUUGUAAUAGGUUGAUCUGAAAUAACAAGAUUUGUUGCCAUUAUGAAGUGCAUCGUUAUGUUGGGCACAUUACUGUGAUAGUUGUAUCUUUUCUUAGUGAGUCCAGGUUGAGUAACAAUUUAUGCAUUUUCCAGUGAGAAUACCAUAAUCUACUUUUUUGUAUGUUUCCUAUUGAAGGGUGAUCGGAAGGCAAAUAAACAUAUUCAAGUUAA